ACAGUAUUGGAAAUACUACUAUUAUUAGUUCUAAAGGUGGUAACAUUAGUUAUGGUGGUGGUGCUAUUAUUAGUUUUGGAGUAGUAGUAAUAUUGGUUAUGACGGUAGUACUAUUAUUAGUCUUGAGAGUAAUAGUAUUAUUAGUAUUAGGA